UAUGCGUUUUCAAUGAGAAAAGGGAAUAGUUAUCGUCGACAAAGAUAUUAAAGAGGUCGCUGCCUCUCAAUUCCCACUUCAAAUCGGCGAAAUUUUAGUCCGUUGACGGAGAUUCUUUUUCAUUCUUCGUUUUUCGUUCUUGGGUCGUGCAAAGAAUUUGCGGCCGACAUCAUACCUGCCAGCGCCUAGUUGCUGUGUGAAUUGUGAGAAAAACAGGGGAAGCAAGCAGAGACUGACAUAUUUCGUGCAGCAGAGCCACCACAACGGCGCCCUCCUGGAUUUGACUUGCAUAUACGAAGAGCGGGGGGAAGAUAGCGGAUCCCUCGCGGCUAAACGCCGGACGCAGGAGGAACACCCGCUAAUGGCACGGACCAAUGACGCCGAUGUGGAAAAACUGGAGGUUGCUGUACCGGAAACUGCCCAUCAGAUCAGCAGUGAUUCAUGGUUUCAAGUAGGUUUUGUUCUUACCACUGGUAUCAACAGUGCUUAUGUUCUGGGAUACUCGGGUACUAUAAUGGUUCCUCUGGGUUGGAUAUCUGGAGUAGUUGGAUUAAUUGCAGCCACAGCCAUUUCAUUAUAUGCAAAUACUCUUAUUGCCAAGCUCCAUGAACUUGGUGGGAAGAGACAUAUCAGAUACAGAGAUCUAGCAGGCUUUGUAUAUGGUAGGAAGGCUUAUGCUCUUACAUGGGGAUUGCAGUAUGUCAAUCUUUUCAUGAUUAAUGUGGGAUUCAUCAUCUUAGCCGGCCAGGCCUUGAAGGCUGUUUAUAUCCUUUUCAAGGAUGACAAUGUGAUGAAACUUCCCUAUUUUAUAGCCAUUGCUGGCUUCAUUUGUGCGUUGUUUGCAAUAUCAAUACCCCAUUUAUCAGCUCUAAGACUUUGGCUGGGAUUCUCAACUCUCUUCAGUUUGAUAUACAUCCUUGUUGCGUUCAUAUUGUCUGUUCGGGAUGGAGUUAAAGCACCUGCAAGAGAUUAUAGCAUUCCAGGUUCGUCGGCAAGCAAAAUCUUUACGACGAUAGGGGCAGCUGCUAAUUUGGUUUUUGCCUUUAAUACUGGAAUGCUUCCUGAGAUUCAGGCGACGGUGAGGCAGCCGGUAGUCAAGAACAUGCUAAAGGCUCUGUACUUCCAGUUCACGGUCGGGGUUUUGCCGAUGUAUGCUGUUACUUUUGCUGGAUACUGGGCAUAUGGGUCUUCCACCUCAGCUUACUUACUCAACAACGUAAACGGUCCAGUUUGGAUUAAGGCAAUGGCAAACAUAUCGGCGUUCCUUCAAACAGUCAUCGCUCUGCACAUAUUUGCAAGCCCGAUGUACGAGUAUUUGGACACGAAGUACGGGAUCAAAGGAAGCGCGCUGAACGUGAAGAACUUGUCGUUCAGAAUAGCGGUGAGAGGAGGGUACCUGGGCAUAACAGCACUGGUGUCAGCUAUGCUUCCUUUCCUUGGAGACUUCAUGAGCCUUACAGGAGCAGUCAGCACAUUCCCUCUAACAUUUAUCCUUGCAAAUCAUAUGUACUUUGUGGCAAAGAAGGCCAAACUCAGCUCUGCACAGAAGCUUUGGCAUUGGAUUAAUGUUUGCUUCUUUGGGUGCAUGUCUUUAGCUGCAGCAGUUGCGGCUUUGAGGCUCAUAGCAGUAGACUCCAAAAACUUCAGUUUAUUUGCUGAUCUUUGAUCAUCAUAUCCUAUGCCCAAUCUAAUCAUCAUUUUCAGCUCUUGAAAUCUCUCACAGUUUCUUCUCAUAUGGAUAAUAUAGUAUAGUGUAGCCCAGCUUAGGUUACAAUUUCCUCCUCCUCUCA